GCCCCAGACGCACUCGCUUCCUCUCCCCACCGUCUUCCCCCAAAACCCUACGCCGCUCAACCAUGCUCCUCCGGCGACCGCUCCAAACCCUCACCCUCCCCCUCCUCCGCCGCCACCUCACCGCCGCCGCCGCCGCCGAGGCGAUCGUCUCCCCGGCGGACCACCACGGCGCCGACCCGCUCUCCCCGCCGUACGACUACCUCCCGGGCCACCCGCGGCCGAACCCCAAGCACGACGAGGUGAUCCUCGCCGUGCCGCGCGCCUCCUCGGGCCGCCACGUCUCUGCCAAGGAGCGCAAGGCCGGGCGCGUCCCCUCCAUCGUCUUCGAGCAGGAGAACGGCCAGGAGGGUGGCAAUAAGCGCCUCAUCUCCGUGCAGUCCAAGCAGAUCCGCAAGCUCGUCGACCACCUCGGCCGCUCCUUCUUCCUCUCCAGGCUGUUCAGGCUCCAGGUUUGGUCUCAGCACGCCGGGCAGGGAGAACUCGUCGAGAGCGUCCGCGUCCUGCCGCGAAAGGUACACCUGCAUGCUGGCACUGAUGAACCUCUGACUGUCACAUUCAUGAGAGCCCCUUCUUCUGCGCUUCUCAAAAUAGAUGUUCCUCUGAUGUUCAUUGGAGAGGAUGCCUCACCAGGUCUCAGGAAAGGAGCUUAUUUCAACACCAUAAAAAGAACAGUCAAGUACCUCUGCCCCGCUGACAUCGUACCACCAUACAUUGAAGUGGAUCUGAGCGAGUUGGAUGUAGGACAAAAACUGCUGAUGCGUGACCUGAAAGUUCACCCUGCGUUGAAGCUGCUUCAGUCACCGGAUCAGCCCAUCUGUAGCAUUAUAGGAUCGAGGGCUCCUGAACAGAAGAAGGGAAAAUAACUUGUUCCACUGUAUGCACUACUUUGAGCAAUAAUGUUCUUUUUUUUGUUUUUCUUGCUCGAGUUAUUUGGGUCUUAAUUCUCCUACUCGUAGGAUGAAUUGUGGCCACAUACCAUCAUUUUACCUCAAGAAGGAAUGUUUCGAGCAGCCACAGGCUACAGCUAGAAGCACUUGCAGAGUAUUGCCCUAAUAUUUUGUAGUGUUCCACAGAAACUUCCAGUGCGGCAAGCUUUGUUGAAAAUGAAACUCCUAAUGGAGUCAUGAUUGUUUGAAAUCUGAUUUAGCGUUACAUGAUC